AUGAAUCCAUUCGAGCCGUGGUUUUGCCAGAUUCCAAAAGCCGAACGAGAUGAAAUUCACAGAAAAGUCUACAUGAGGGUUCGUCAUAGACUGGGAUCCUCAACACUGUUGAGAGGAUGUGAUAAAGAAAGGUUCCGCUUCUUGCAAACUCAUCUCUUGGUUACCAUAUCUGGUAUGUUUUCCUACAAUGGGAGGCAUGUCUACUUUGGUGAUAUCUUCAAAAAGAUGCUUCAAAAUGCGGUUGCUCCAAAAAAUCCUCCGGUUUCCGAAAAUCGCAUCGACGCCAUAGUGGGACAGGGAGAGUGGAUGAAAUACAAAUUGAUCGAUUUGGCUUUCGUCAAAAAGCUUUUUGAUGAAUCCAGAAAAAGUGUGGUGUCGAUUUGUCGGACCGAUGUUGACGAUGAGAAAUUUCUGGCGACGCUGAGUGCUCUUGCUCAAGCCUGUGAUCUUACGCUUCGAACACGAGAAGAGCAAAGCGCAUGGGUUACGGUUUUUGGACAAGUGUGCUAUGGUUUGUUCUUGGAAGCGUACGACAAGCUUACCCAACUUCCCAGUAUUGCAGAAACUGUCGACAAUGUGGCCCGGAACCUUGCUAUCGAAAAUAACUUGUCUGCUGGUCUGAAAAUUCCACGAGUUCCAAAAUACGUUCAUGACUACUUGAAUCAGUUUCUUUCGGAAAGGAAAGGAAACAUCAUGGAUUUCGACAAGAAAUUUUUGUCGGACCUAUUCCGAGGUGUGACGUCGAAACAUAGCAUUUAUAAUCACUUGAAAAGGCAAGGGAUGAAACAAGAAAGUUGGGUUAAUAUAGAUCCCGAGUCAGCUGUGGAAGAAUGA